AUGGAGCAGGAACGACCACUACAGCGUGCCCCGCCGCCCGCAUACACGCAACACGAGCCCGAAUCGCUGCACCUCCCUUCCGUUCCGACGCAUAUCCCAAGCCAUGUGCCGGAUCAUGGGAGGCUGCCUGGCAUCAAGUCGCUAGACCUGCCGGACACGAAAGCGCGUCAUACUCCACACAAGUCGAUAGAAUACAGCCCGCGGUCGCAGUACGAUAGAUCGCAAUGGGGCAUGCUGCCAGUACCCAACAAUGCGACGUUCACACGAGCGCCAGAGGGUCUACCGCGUGAAGACGUGGGAAGCCCGAUGGAUACCGCGAGUGUGCGCAGCAUGCAGGAUGACAACGUGGGUAGACGGGAAACGAGUGUCAGCAUGGAUGAUCCGGAUGUAAGGCUGGCAGCAGAGGCGUUGAGCGGAUUGGGGAACCCGGACUUCGUUCGCUCGCCGACGGCACGAUCCCUCACGCUAUCUGCUCGAGAAUCCACAAGCGAACCCCCAGAGCCACUCCUCUCUUUGAUCACGUCAAAUCACCCAUGGCUUGGAAAUGGUAUCAACGGCUCCAUCUCAGCCUACAACACCACCAAAGGCUACACUCCACGUCUGGUCCAGUACGGUGCUGAGCUCAUCGAGCGCAACAUUGGAUCGCCCAUGGUCAACACUGUGUCAUCUGUGGGUAGGCGGACGGGUAUGGAGAAAAGCCUGCGCCGCUAUCUUGGAGACAGACGACCCAGCGACCUUGAGCAGGGAGACGGCGAGAGUUCAAGGAGCAAGAGGCAAAGGAUCGCGAGCCCAGCAGAUGACGCCAUGGACGUGGAUGAUGCUCUUGCAGCAGCGUCCCGGACAAGAGGCGGCUCACAAUCCUCAUACUCCGAGUCGCUCCCUGCAUACGACGACCAGCGCUCUCCAAACUAUGAAGAGGCAGUCAUCUCUGGAGAGAUAACGUCGCACAAGUCGCCCGAACAGCGCUCAAAUACUCCGCAGGAUCGUCGCGUCAACUGGUCCACGCAGCUCAUCAUGACAACGUCCGGUCUCGGUGUAGCUCUAUCAGAGACAUCAUUGCGGUCGUUGAAGCUCUGUCUCGGUCUUCUUCGCAGCGCAACAACCCACAUCGACUCCGUUAUGCGCGCGCUCAAGCUCGUCCUCGAAGAAUACGAAGCUGCCCUCCGCAACCAGAGGCAGUCUGGCGGCUUUGCUGCCCAAGAUGACAAGACGCAACUCAAUGGCACCAUGGCGCAAAUGGGCCUCGUCGACACAGACAAAGACGAUCAAGUCCGUCAAAUUGCUGACCGCAUCAAGGUCCUCUCCUCAGACAUUUGGCAAACCCUCCAAUCCGUCGUGCAGUCCGUGUCCCGCUACACCGGCGGCGCCCUCCCGCAAAACGCCCAGACGGUUGUUCGAACACAAUUGCUCUCCGUACCCCAGCGAUGGCAGCUCGCCGGCCGCAACGCGAACAAUGAACACGCGGGCGGCGACGAGGUCAGAGGCGCAAACCGCAUGCUGGCAUUUGCAAAAGAGGGGCUGGACAUGAUGGGCCAGAUCACUACUGUCGUUGACGGUACCGUACAAAGUGCCGAGAGCUGGCUUGCGCGGAUUGGCAGGAGGCCACAGGGUGAGUCGAACAGCAGCGGUCAGGGACAAGAGCAGAGGGAGAAGACACCGCUUGCGCUUGAGGCGGGUGUGCAAAUGGGUGAGAAGAGGUAG